CGCUGCGGCGGCGCGCCCGGGCGGGCCGGCUCGGCCAGCGGCCUGCAGCAGCAGCCGCCGCCGCCGCCGCAGCAGGCACCGUCGCUGGUUGCCUCCCUGCUCGCUGCCAGCCCGCGUUACGCCGCUGGCGGCUACCAUUCCUCCAGGAGAGGAGCAGCCGCCCCGAGCCGGCGGCGCGGCAGGUCCCGCACACGCCGCGGGCCGACCUGGCCAUGGCCCACCAGGCGCGGCCGGCGGGGACGAUGUCGCUGCCCGCCGCCAGCGGCGGCCGCUUGGCAGCAG